AUGGCUGGAGAAAGAGCAGAACUCAUCUACGACAAUAGACCAAAGAUGGCAACAAAGAUGGCAGCACUGGACCUCUCUCUGCCUACCGUCCUCCUCGUCAUCGACAAUCACGCAGCCUUCGACAACGAGGCGUACUGGGGCAAAAGAUCCAACCCGCAGUACAAGGAAAAUGUGACCGCACUCGUCAAUGCCUUUCGUGCUGCCCACACCAAGAGCCCGCACAUCGAGAUCGUACAUGUCGGGCACUCGUCGACCAACGUGAAGAGCGUCUUGCACCCGGACCACCCAGACGGUGGACCAGCCUUCUACCCGUUCACCGAGCCCACCGCGGGCGAGCUGGUCAUCUGGAAGAACGUCAACUCAGCGCUGGUCGGGACUGACCUGGAGAAGACGCUGAGGGGGAAGGGCGUGAGACAGCUGCUCAUCCUGGGCCUGACGGCGGAACACUGCGUUUCUACCACCACCCGCAUGGCGGCCAAUCUAGGUGUGACAAACGCCCCAGACGGCAAGCUGGGCGGGCGAGUGAUCCUGGUCGAAGAUGCUACUGCGUCGUUUGCAAGUGGACGGUUCGAUGCAGAUACGGUUCACGGCGUCUCCGUCGCGACGCUGGAGGAGUUUGCUGAGAUUGUCAAGACUGCGGAUGUCUUGAAGGACUUGCAGCCUCUUCUUUUGUGA